UACGUUUGUAGGUCGCUGGCCAAAGUUGUAUUAUCCACUGCGCCAAAUUCAAAACCAGUUAUCGCGAGGGUUUUGAAGAAAGAUUUUGUAAAGCACAAGAUGGCGCUGGUGAGUCGGAGGUUCAAUGUAUCGGAUUACAGUUGUAUUAGAAAUGUGGAACAGCACUAAAAGAUGGGGCUAAAAUCUGACCAGAAGGCUCUUUUCCCAAUCCAAAGCAUCGAGGGGGUUAUCAGACUGUUUGAACUGGAACUCCAGAAGGAUGAGACAGAUUUGGCACUCCUUUCCUUGGUCUUGGGCUUUGUGGAGCACUUCCUGGCAGUCAACAGGGUGAUUCCCACAAAUGUACCUGGUAUCAGCUUUAUGCCUGUGGAAUCAACAGACGAUGACGUGGUGUCCUACUUUCCUGUCUUGGAUCUUCAGAUCAUCGCUGCUCUCUAUGCUCGCUUCACUGCACAGAUCAGGGGAUCAGUGGACCUUUCUCUCUAUCCCAGAACUGAUGGCUUUUCCAGCAGAGAGCUAGUCAAAAAAGUAUCUGAUGUUAUUUGGAACAGCUUAAGCAGGUCUUAUUUUAAGGAUCGUGCACACAUUCAAUCUCUCUUCAGUUUCAUUACUGGUACUAAACUGGAUAGCUCUGGUGUGGCGUUUGCAGUGGUGGCUGCUUGUCAGGUGCUCGGCCUUCGUGAUGUUCACCUGGGGCUUUCAGAAGACCAUGCUUGGGUAAUCUUUGGUAAAGAUGGAGAGGAGACUGCUGAAGUAACCUGGCAUGGAAAAGGAAAUGAGGACCGCAGGGGUCAGACUGUUAAUUGUGGUGUUGCUGAAAGAAGUUGGCUAUACCUAAAGGGUUCUUGUUUGAAGUGCACACGUAAGAUGGAAGCGGCUUUUAUGGUUUGUGCGAUCAACCCUUCCAUUGAUUUGCAUACAGAUAGCAUUGAAUUGCUUCACUUGCAGCAGCAAUUGCUGUGGCUUCUUUAUGAUCUUGGACAUCUUGAGAAAUAUCCAAUGGCCUUGGGGUGUCUUGCUGAUCUGGAAGAACUAGAACCAAUGCCGGGCAGACCAGAUCCACUUAGCAUAUAUUACCAUGCAAUCAACUCUGCUAAGGUGCACUACAACAAUGAGCACAUCUAUCCCUACCUGUAUCUAGCUGGUUACCACUGUCGGAAUAAAAACAUUAAGGAGGCAUUGGCAGCCUGGGCAGAUACUGCUAUGGUCGUACAGGAAUACAACUAUUGCCGUGAAGAUGAAGAAAUUUAUAAAGAAUUUUUUGACAUUGCCAAUGAUGUCAUACCUAAUCUUUUGAAAGAGGUGGCAAACCUGGCUGAGUCAGUAGAGGAAAAGGGAGCUGGGCAGAAAAACACAGAGGGUAAUGAAGGAUUGCUCAUGUUAGCUUCAGCUUUGCAAGACCCUGAAUGCUUUGCACAUCUUCUUCGGUUUUAUGAUGGUAUCUGUAAAUGGGAAGAAGGCAGCCCAACCCCUGUCCUUCAUGUUGGAUGGGCAACUUUUCUUGUACAGUCAAUUGGUAGAUUUGAUGGUCAGGUUCGGCAGAAGGUAACCAUAAUUGCUAAAGAUGCUGAUACUAAUGAUGAUGAUGAUCAAUCUAGUGAGGAUCCACGAGAGGGUCGUCGAAGAGGCCCACGACGGGAAUCAAAACCAGAGGAACCGCCCUUGCCCAAAAAACCUGUUGCUGAGAAGGUUGCAGAAAGGCGUCGUUCAAGUGCUAGCCAAAAGACAGAGAAAAAUCCAGAAAAAGAACAGGAGAAGGAGCCUGAACCUGCAGAGGAGAAAGAAGUUACCUCUGCACAUUCGUCUGCUCCACCAGAAGGACCUGUUGUAACUUUCUAUAGUGAGAAAAUGAAAGGCAUGAAAGAGCUGCUUGUCGCAUUAAAGAUCAACUCAAGUGCCAUUAAACUGCAGUUGACAGCUCAGUCUCAAGUUCAGCUAAAGAAGCAGAAACCUUCUACACCCAGUGACUACACAUUGUCAUUUAUGAAGAGACAGCGAAAGUCUCUGUAGUUAAUUCCUCUACCCUAAUACUACCGGUUGGACAGUAGAAAACUAGACUUUAAUGAACCAGAGCAGGACUGUUUUUGUUUUACUUGUAAUGUUGUACAGAACAAUUCCCCACUGCAUUUAGAAAAUUUUGAGAACAGAGCAGUCUUUUGCUGUCUUGUGCCUAUAAUUGUCACCUGAUUUUAUUUUUAGACAUUGAAGUGUUUAAUUAUUUAUGUCCAGAAUAAUACAGAUGGUGCAGAUUGAAAAAUCAUUCCUGAUUUUGGUGAAUGAUUUUUAUAUCUGUGUACACUAAGAGUUGUAUAUACUUAGUCCCAUUGUGGUUGUAUUUUGAGGUGGAGGUAGCCAUGGCUUUCUAAUAAAGUUGUGAGGAUUAAGUUCAUUUUUCCUCUCGGUGCUUUAGAAGUUUUAUUAGAAUUGUUCCUUUUCCUGUUGCUGUAUGUGUAUAGCUGUUACAUGUGUGUAUUAUUUAUAAACUUUCCAUACUCACAAAAUAAAUGAGAAAAAUACAUUUUUCUAAUA